CUUUCCCUCUGGGGCGCUUCUCUGUCAUAUGUAGCCAUCACAAAGCUCCGGAAAUAUGAAGCGACUGCGAAGAAGCUGGCAGAAUGGUCCAAAGAAGCCGAGAAUCAUCUGUGGAAGACGAGGACUACUCAGGCUACUGGGGCCCUUGCGGUUCUGGCAUCAUUCAUAGCUUCUUUCUCUUUGGCCGUGCUUCCGCACACUCUGCCGAAGGUAAUGCGUAUGACCACGUCUCCUGCGCUCCUGAUCUUGGUCCUGUUUGCUCGUGGCCAUAUCAAAAAUUACUGGGCACCCAAGGAUGGCAAGAAUAUCACUCGCGUACCUCUGCCGAAUAUGGAAGAGUACAAUGAAGCGGAACGACAGACAGAGAGACUUCUCGAGGUGCUUGAGUAUCUGGAGUACAGCUGGGUGCUGACGAGCUUUGUGGAUGGCAUGGUCGGU